AAAUUCGUUAAACACUGUAUUUCUUUAUUUCUAUAGCCAGGGUCUGUACAAUAAACUGCAGCGGCCAAUUUGAAAGUAACAAUUCUUUACACGAUGAGGCACAUUGUGUCAGCUACACCCUAGAGCUUCUGUUGAACCAACGAAGUAACACCUCCAUUUUCAACGCAAAACACUGUAAUAUAUCAAAGUGCAUAAUGACCUGGAUCUCUAUAACCUGUGAUUUAAGAGAUCAAAAUGAAAAUAUCACUGUAAUUGGCGUUUCAAGCAUUAGUGAUUUAACAAACCAUCCAGAUUGGAUUCUGGCCUUCAGCUGCGGAAUAGCAGGUUGUGUCGUUGGUAUCUUACUUACUUUGACCAUACGAUGGUACAAGCACAGAUCACACAGAGGCAACACACAAACACCACCUAUGUUUAGUAACCCAAAUCAAGCAAUCAUUUUGGAUAAUUUUCAUGUGUAUAGUGAUGUCGAAGACACUGUCAAGAUGGCUGUAAAAGCAACACAAGUACCAUCACUUUACGACAAGAGCCCGACAAGUGUCCGAUCGAGGAGCUCGAACGUAUAUCAUGAACUCAGUGAUAAAGUGUACAACUUUCAUUCAACAAGCUUCAUUCAGAAACCAAGUUCAAGAACGAGUAGUGCCUCAGAUAAUUCUAUCACCAACAAAACUUCAAGGGGAAGUAGCCGAUCAUCAGCGGGGAGUUAUCUUAACGACAAUGCAGCACGAAGAGGAAGUGAUGAAAGCAAAAGAUAUUAUGAACUUGAAAAACGACCGGACAAUGUUAUGAAUAAUUCAAUGAAUGAUAUAUAUUGAGUAUUAUGUUCCAGCUGGUAUUCAUUUCUGCAGUAUAAUUUCCAAGAGAGGCAGAUGCAGGAUCGUGAUAAACACCCCACUGUGUACAAAUCAAUGAUUGCCAAUCAAUCAAUUGUGAAUAAUAUCAGAGAUUUAUUCAAUAUCUAAAUGGUAACUGUAUUACUUAUUGGAACUUUUGUUGGAGUGUUACAUAGAGUGUAUAGUAAUGAUAACAUCGUAUGUUCCUUUAGCUGUUUUCCAUAAGGGUGGUACAUUCUAAGAGGAUGCCAAAAGGCAAAGUUCAUUACCAGCAAAGAUCAGCAGAAAAAUAGAAUUUGAUUAUACAGCUAUUGAACUUUGCUCAUUCAUGAAGUUGAAAGCAUCAAAUAGAGGAUACCAUAAAGAGCUAGAGCCACGAAAGGUCAAAAUCGCCCUGUAUUUUUAUGAAAAAUUAUCUGAAACUUAACAAACAAAUAUUGCACUAAAUAUUGUCAAUAUACAUCGUAGUAAAUAUAUUCAUAUCAAAAUGUUAAUUCUGUGACGUCAUAACUGUGCCGUAGAUGUCAUAACACGUGACGUUUGCACAUUUUUCUCUAAAAAUGACAAAUUUUGGAACUUUGAUUCAAAAUUUCAGUUUGGCCACAUUCAACGAACAAAUUAAAAAUUCUGACAUGGGUAAAGAAAUGAAAACUGCACAAAUGAAUGUUGGAUUCAAUUUGUUCGAUGACAGUGGCCAUACGUAAAUUUCUUGUUUUAGGUCUUUCACAGACAUAAUUUAUCGAAUGAUGAUAGUUUCUCAUUUAAAAAAUAGACGUGUCCUUAUAAAACAUUAUAAAAUGAUAGAUUUUCACAUAGGAUCUCAAAGCAUAAUUAUAUCCCAAUUAUUUUGAAAAGUUUUAUGUACAUCUAUGAUCGAGGAAUGAAAUAUAGAUUUCGGAUGAUCAUCGUCGAAUUAUGUGAUGACAAUAAUCAGUUCAACAUUGAUUUUUGGACAGUGUAUGUCUUUGCUUUUAGGUCCAAUUUAUCUCAAAUGUUGAAUAUGCUAAUAAAAUAAUUAAAAGA